ACAAAAGUUUCUGACUUCGAACAAAGAAUGUUUCUAGUAAAAGAGGAGAUGACACAUUCCUGUUUCCUAGUCCGCAGGUCCGUAAAUAAGAUAAUUGGAAUCAUCUCAGUCGGUUACAACUACACAUAUUAGCUAUACACCUAACCUGUAUUCGCGUUUGUAUAUGACACUGUAAUAUUUUUGCUAUAAUUAAAAAAAAAGGUCUCCCAUAGUGUUUGAAAUGCGUUUAGAAUUACCCCAAUGCAGGAGAUGUUUUUUCUGCAUACCUCUGCGUUACGGUAUCAUUGUGUUUGGUUAUUUAAAUAUGACGUUUUCUUUACUGAUACUAGGAGUUGAAUCGCAUUGGUUGGUUCGUACUAAUAAGAUUUCGGACCUUCUCACUGAUAUUCCUAUGAUGUUCAGGGGGACUGGAAUGUAUACUCACGUAUGGUUCACCAUCGUCAUUUACACUCUAGAAGUCGUUUUUAAUAUCAUAUUAGUGAUAGGAGCCCACGCGAAGAGACCGUAUUUAAUGCGAAUCUACUAUUAUUAUAGUAUAACAACAACUUUAGCUGCUUUUGUAGUUCUAUUGGUUGUGAGACAAGACUACGAAUACACCAGGUUCGAUCCCAUUGAUGUGUGCUUGGCUUUCAUUGGCUUGGUCAUGCAGUUGUAUCUCACGCUGCUGAUACAUAAUGAACUAUCCAAAAAUCGUUAUCAGGAAGGGCGGAUGAGUUACGUCAACCACGUAUCGGAAGUCACUUUCCAUCCUGUGGCCUGGGUAGAUACGAAUCCGUAAUCGAAAUGAAAUAUUUUAAGAUAAUUAAAAUUGUACAUUUCCUUAAUAAAGUGUUACCAAAUAAUGUUUUGUUACUUUUUUUUUAUUUAGAAAAAAAAAAAACUUAUUUAAUGCUCCCCUUUUAUGAAAUCGGCUAAAAUUAUUCUCAAACGUAGAAGUCUGCUCAUUUCACUUGCGUGUAUUCUAUUAGGCUUAAUGAACGUUGUGUGUGGACAGGAAAUAUCCUAUAAACGCCUCAGACUUUUAUUGUGGGCUCAUUUCGUUCACACGAUUUCAACUGUUUGCAUACAAUAACAACUCGAGGUUAAAAAGUACAAGUGGAAAAAUGAAGUUUCAACAGACAAAUUGUCGAGUGCCGAUAGUUAGAAAGUGCUGUUUCUGCGUGCCAAUACGCAGGGGAAUAACCAUAUUUGGAUAUGUUAAUUUGGCACUGUCUCUGCUCUCUCUGCCAUUACUGGUGAUCCUUUUGGUGGAGCAGGUCGGCGUUGACAAGACGUUGGAUACAAGCCACAUCGAUCCCCUGGUUCACCUGCCUUUGACCAUCACCUUCAUAAUUGUAGAUGUUGUAAUGACCGUAUUGUUAUUGAUUGGAGCUCAUAAGAAAAAGAAAAGUUUAUUAAAGGCGUACUUGUAUUUUGGGAUAGUUUUCCAGCUUGUUACGCUGCUGGUGGACCUGGUGUACUUCGAUUACAGAGAAUACGUCGAGAAUACGAUUUACUUCUUCUUUUUAGGUUUAAACGUGUAUCUACUGUUCCUGGUGUAUAGCGUUGUUAGGUUGUUAGAACAAAAUUCCGAAGUGCAAUACGUAGCGCAUCGGCACGAGGUCGUCUGAGCAUCGGGAAUCGAACUCUUCGGCUAUUUGUAUUUAAGGUUUAAUUUAAUUUAAGUUCAAGUAAUGUAACUACAGCGUUUUUUUAAACAACAAAUACCCCAUAAUCUGCAAGCGAAGUAAUGCAAAAGCAAAAUGUCCUCCUUCUUAAAGGCGACAGUUUAAAAAACUUCAUAUGUUCUGAAUAUGGGAGACUGGAACCGUGGCUUCGAUCUUUAAACAGAGGCGUCUUUCAAGAUUAUUAUUUUCCCACCUAUGUCGAUAGCCUUGAGAGGCUAUUUCAGCUUCUCCUCGAGCCCUUCGUCGCAAGCGACGGGUUCAACGAGGACGGUGACCGGUGCUUGUGGUACCUAAAAGCACCGCUAAUGAGUCAGGAGGAUCCAUAAUGAAGUGUUUUUUCAAGAAUCCUUUGUAGCCUUACUAUUUUAAUCCUCAGACAGCGAUUCGAAAUAGUAGCCCGUGAUAUCGAUGCAGAUAGGCAAUAGGAUACAGUAGAUUGGGGGAACAGAGACUAGAGUUAGAAUAGGGACAAAUCUGGGAUGUCACAAUACUUUUGUCGAGUUGUUAGAUUUAACUUUGUUGAGCUGAAAAUUACUUUUAUUUAGUGUUUAAGAAUAUUAAAUAGUUUAAUUUAGUCAUCAAAGUUUUGUAACUCAUUGAGGAUAUUACAAAGUUAAUUAACUAAAGUUAGAUAUCUAUCUAACAACUAAAUAGUGCCAGCCCUAUUGAAAAACUAUUGUCCCCAUACGGAGCCUGAUUUACCCCAAAGCCAAGGUGAAUCGGGUCAAGCUGGUUUUUUUCAGUUUUUAUAUUUAUUUUGUAAUGAACUAUGUAUGAUAACGCAUCGUAUAUAAAAAUUGAAGCCUCUGGAACCAUUACGAUCUCCGUUUUAUUACUUUAACUACAAAAAAAUUUGAUAAAAAUCAAUGUCGAACUUAAAACGCGUCCCGAUUCCCCUCAUUUUACGGUAAUCCAAGUUGACUGCGAAAUGUAUAAAUGUCGAGUAUAAAUAUUGUUAAAAAAGCUUAGUUUUUUUUCGCCGUAACAAAGAAAAUAGUAUGGCCUACUCAGAAAGAUUUAAGCAAGUCUCCUGGUUGAAUACGGGAACCUUUGAUUACGAGAACGAAGAAACCUAAGAUUUUGUAUUGUAAUAAAAUUGUUUGUGUCCGUACAUAAAUAAAAUUUCACAGGUAAAA